AUGUUCCAAAUGCAAACAUAAUUACUGACAUGUAGUUUGUUUUACUCUGAGGGAGGAUAAUCAGAGUAAUAUGAUGGAGAUCGCCCCAAAGGAUAAAGACCUGCUCCCCUGCCCUUUCUCUGGGAGAUCCUGUUGAAGGAAAGAUUGAAAGGGACAGGAUAAUGCAGGCUAAGAUACUCGCUAGAAUAAGUCACAACUCUUACUGAGCUCAUAACAAACUCGACACAGCCCUGAACCUGAAGCAGGGCCUUCUAACUUCCAUACCAUCUGCCAAGGAACAAUGAAAGCACUCAUUAAUUAAGUUUAUAUGCAUGGUUAUGAAUGAAGAUUACACCUGGUGACACCUUCAACUUCCAGGCCCCCUUCGAUCAUGGCUGACCAUGGGUGUCUCCAGGGUGCUAUUCCCUAUAUGGAUGAUGCCAGUGCGUGACUUUGUUUAUCAUGGGGAGACUGGUGCACAGACAGCCACCCCACGGUCCUUGACAGAUCUGGGUCAGGAUCCAGUGGCAUGGAGUCCAAGACGACCGGAGACCCUUUUCUGCUGCAGCCUUCAUCCAUCCGCCUUCCCAGCCGCUGUGAUGCUCCACUAAGGAGGAUGGUGCAGUCCAGAGGAUGAGCUGCCUCCCUCCACCCUUGAGGCAGAGGUUGGUUGCCCUGGAUGAUGCACAAGUAACCAGCGUCUCCCAGCCCCAACCCGCCCAGAUCCUCAACAAGAAGGACCUCCAUCCUACCUGUGGUACCAGCUGCUCCUGGUGAACAAAAUAUAAACUCCACAAGUUAUUGAUCGACGUUUGUUGGGACCACCGAUUGCUGUGGCCAGGCCCGGUCACCAUGAACGCAGCGCGUCGGGAAGCGGUGAUGGUUUCCACGGCGACCAGUCCGGAGCGGGAGGCCGGACACAACGCCACGGACACCCCCAGCAGGCAGGAUGUGUUCUCACACAUGAAGAACAAGUUCAUGAACGAGCUCGGCAAAAUCCCCAUACCUCCCUGGGCCCUGGCUGCCAUUAUCAUCGUGCUGUGCCUGCUGCUGCUCUGCUGCUGUCUCUGCAUCUGCAAGAAGUGUUGCACCAAGAAGAAGAAGCAGAAGAAGGGAAAGGACAAGGGCAAAGCACAGAUCAACAUGAAGGAGGUGAAGGACAUGGGCAAGAGCAUCAUCGACAAGGUACAGCCAGAUGUGGAGGAUCUGGAUCCAAGUUUACUGGGAGACGAGAAGAGAGAGGAGGAGAAGCUGGGAAAGCUGCAGUAUUCCCUGGAUUACGAUUUCCAGAGUGGUCAGCUGAUUGUGGGCAUCAUCCAGGCAGCUGACCUGGCCGCGCUGGACAUCGGCGGGACGUCUGACCCCUACGUCAAGGUCUUCCUCUUGCCGGAUAAGAAGAAGAAAUUUGAGACCAAAGUUCAUCGAAAGACACUCAACCCCACGUUUAGCGAGUCGUUUACCUUUAAGAUUCCAUACUCUGAGCUUGGGGGUAAAGUCCUCGUCAUGGCCGUGUACGACUUUGACCGCUUCUCCAAACAUGACGCCAUUGGGGAGAUUCGCAUUCCCAUGAGUAGCAUUGACCUCGCACACGUGAUCGAGGAGUGGAGAGACCUGGAGUCAGCGGAGAAGGAGGAGCAAGAGAAGCUGGGAGAUAUCUGCUUCUCCCUCCGUUACGUCCCGACUGCCGGCAAACUCACUGUCAUCGUGCUGGAGGCCAAGAACCUCAAGAAAAUGGACGUUGGUGGACUCUCUGAUCCGUACGUGAAGAUCCACCUCAUGCAGAACGCCAAGCGGUUGAAGAAGAAGAAGACCACCAUCAAGAAGAACACUUUGAACCCGUACUACAACGAGUCCUUCAGCUUUGAGGUGCCUUUCGAGCAGAUUCAGAAGGUGCAGGUGGUGAUCACCGUACUGGACUACGACAAGCUGGGAAAGAACGAGGCGAUCGGCAAGUGUUUUGUGGGCUAUAACGGCACGGGCAUGGGUCUGCGCCAUUGGUCAGACAUGUUAGCAAACCCCCGACGGCCCAUUGCCCAGUGGCACACCUUGCAGCCCGAGGAGGAGGUGGACAUAGCGCUGGGGAUCAAGACUUCCUGAUGCCAACACCCACACCCGCACACCCUGUAAUUGAUAAGCUUUGAGCAGACGUUUGUUUUCUGUGGCGAUUUGUAAAAUAUAUCACAAACAAGUUGUUGAUGAGCCUACACAUGUACCUGUUUCAGGAUGUUCUUACCUUGAACAAGCCCAGGGCUUAGGUCGACCUUUCAGACAACCUGGCCUCAGUCAUUCCAUUCAAGGAAACGUUUUUAUUCUGGACCUGGUUGUAUUGUUCCCCUGUUGUCAUUAUACGAUUCUGUAGUGUUGUGCCUGUAUUGUGAGGGGGGAGAUGGAACGGGUGUGGCAUUAGUAACGAGGAUUAAGGAACGGACAGCUGAAACACCAUCAGAGAUCACGGUGAACAGACAGAAUUCUAUUUUGUGAACAGAACUUUGAUCUGUUGAAUAAAACCGGUUAUUGUCCCUCAUGUGACUGGCGCUUGUU